UUUUGUAAUUUUGCCUUGAUGUCAGAUAUGUAAACGUAAUUUUAUUUGCUUUUGUGUUUCUCUAUGGGCUACCCAUCAGCUGUUUGGGAGAUGAAAACCAAGAAAACUUUCAGUCAAUUCUUGUAAACAAAACUCGAAUAAUUCUGGUAUUGUCUUUUUUUAUUCUGAAAUUUAUAAUGGAUAAUUUAAAUGAGAAUAAAUUGUUGGAAGAAUGUUGUGAAGAUUUAUUUGGCAUUCGCAUUGAUCCUCCAGAAAGGCGUGAUAAAUGUGAUAAGUGCAAACGUCCAGUUGUAGUUUGUUGGUGUAGAUCUUUGCCAAACCCGCCACUAAAUAUUAAAUCUUCCAUCGUUAUUUUACAACAUCCUGCGGAAGAAAAACGCACGUUGCGCACAGCUUUGAUGUUGCAACUUGGACUAGAACCCGGAAAAUGUAUUGUGUAUAAGGGAAAGCGUUUUCCAUCAUCAAAAAAUUUAGCUGAGUUGGAGCCUGUACUAAAUUCACCGAAUUCUUUGCUCUUAUAUCCAAGUAAAGAUUCCGUGCCUAUAGAAUGUGUAAAUACACAAUCAGUUUCGAUGGGAGAUUUAUCUUUUGAAAGUGCCUCUUUUACCUUAGUACUCAUCGAUGGUACUUGGCCACAAGCAAAGGCAAUUUAUGCUAGCAGUCCAAUGUUGCAUCGUAUGCGACAAGUAAAACUUAUAGCUGCGGGUAAUAGUGAUUAUAUUAUACGAACACAACCCACCGAAGGCUGUCUCAGUACGCUAGAAACGGCGGCACAAGCUUUAUCAAUUCUUGAGCGACGUACUGAACUACGACAAUUGUUAAUAAGACCACUGCAUACAUUAUGUAAAUUCCAAAUAGACAAUGGCGCUGUGGAGCACCAGUCAAAAGAAUUUCGUAUAAAAAACCAACAAUAUCCUAAACAAAUUGGAAAACGGCUAAAUCGUUUGCUUAAUUAUAGUACUAUUUGUAGGCCAGAGGCCGUAGAGGAUAAUAUAGUAAAUGAAAUUGAUGCGGCAUUACAACAACAGCCACAAGAAUCAUGAAAAUUUAUAUAUUGGUAUGAAAAUAUGUUCACACGGUCGUUGACUUCAUCGUAUUGUAGCAUCAUCACAUUUAUAAUUGCUUCAAGUGAAAAAAUGUAUUUAAAUUUAGUUUUAUGAUGCUUGACUAGAUUGUUAUAUUUGUGUGAUAUUAUAGUAUCUGUUUCUGCUUAAGGUCUUGUAAAAAAAGAAAGAUUGCAUUACAUAUUACAACAUCUUCCAUUUAACACAGAUGUAUUUAUGACAAAUCGCGACUAAUAUUCUUAUAUUUUUUAACUAAAUUGUUUGAGUUUUUAUAACAACACGAUGAAUACGCCAUCUUGAGAGCAACAUAUAUUCUUAUAUGUAAAUAUGUGAAAAUCAAGUACAAGCAUUAUACAUAUUACUAUGUAGUAAAGCAUGAUUUGAUCAAAAUAUUGAAUAUAAAGCACAAUAAAUCAA